AUGAAGUAAGUUUACAACACUUUUUUUAUCAAUAUCAGGCAUUUGCAUUAAUAAGGAUUAACAGCAUUAAUCUCUGCUUUUAGUUACUUUUUAUUUUUAGGUAUGGCUACGUGUAAUCCAUCAUAUAGAAAAAAUGGAAGAGUUUUGUAGGUUUGCAGCACUUAAUAAAUCAUUCUACCGGCUAAUAAACACUGACUUUUGAAGUCUGUGUUAUAAAAAAUUGGUAUACCGUCUUCGUGGUGAAACUUGGGCAGAAGCUUUUUCGCUGUAAGUUAUUUCCAUCUAUUUAAAAUAAAAAGAUUAAGCUUUUUUCUUAAAUUUAAGAUAAUACUACUUUAAGUUUUAUUUAGCACAAACUACCGUACAGUUGACAAGAAUCUUGAACAAGUGGAUGCAUUUAUUUUUAAAAAGCAAUCGAUAUGUUGUUCAUAUACCGGAACGAUGGCGCUGAUAUUAGAGAAUAAACAGAUAUUGAUAACUAAUAUUGAUCUUGGAAAGAAUUCUUUCGAACUUAUUGACUUUAGCAGCGUUGAAGGUACUAUCGAUAAAUUACAUCUGAUAAGCAAAUCAACACAACUUCUGGUAGAUAUGAAAACGUCGUAUGUAAUAUACGACUUAAUCAAGAAAAAGAUAAUCAAAGUCUACAGUGCAUUGGCUGAAGAACGUUACACUUACUAUACGUUAUAUUACAGUGACGGUACUCUAG